AUGGGAACAAUGAUUCCAAAUCCGGGCAUGGCACAAAGUGGGAACUCAAAUAUAAUGGCCACAUCAUCUAUGGAUAACUCCUUUGUGGUGGGUGGUGGUAAUAGCAUGAUGCUAUCACCUGUGAACACAGGAAACCUUAUACCUAAUACCACCCAAAUCUCCAGUGGGAUGCAAAAUGGCUCCUUGGGGUCAUCUGAUGGAGGUUUCAUGAAUGGUUAUCAACAGUCAACAUCAAAGUUUUCGAGUGGAAACAUUUUGAUUUCAUCAAUGGGGGCACAAAGAAUGGGCAGCCAGAUGAUGCCUACUCCUGGAUUUAACAAUACCACUGAGCCAGAAGCAGCAAGUUGGUGGCCAGAACAGUCGCAUAUAUAUUACAUAGCCUUGGAAGCCAUAUGGGUGAGGGAAUCAGGAACCUCAGAAAGCUAUGUGACACCUUCUCAUUAUGGGAACAUGAAUGUCCAUCAACAACAGAUGUCACAGGGUGAUGGUUAUGGGAGUAGCAUCACUGAUUCUUCUCGAACUGGAAACUUUUAUGUUCCCACAACCUCAAAUACAUCGAUGAUGAAUAAUAAAAACAUGAAUCCAUUAAGCUUGCAUGCACUACAUAACACGAGUGCUCCUUUGAUGGUCAAUCAGUCAAAUUUGGUCAAUACUCAGCAGGCAGAAAAGAUGAAUUUCAGGUCUCGGCAUUCACUACAUGAGACUCCUAUGCAAUCUCAGCAGCGUGUUCAUUUUCAACAACUUGUUCAAAAUCAAAGUCAAUAG